CCAAAACAACGGCACAUGGCGACGCGUCUUCGAGAAACUGACAACAAUAGCAAAACUUCCGUCACUUGUCUUGCGUUCUCUGCGCAUGCGGAGACGGAAGUUUCCACGGUGGUCGCGGGCACAGUGAUCAGUGACACAAGGUGUGAAUAUCAUAAACACUUCGAAAUGGGACUAUUCGGGAAGACACCACAGAGAUCGCCCAAAGAAUCGGUUCAGGAGUGGUGUUCUAAGAUGCGUAAAGAAGGAUAUGUGAUAGACCGACAAAUCAGAGCUAUCAAAAGAGAAGAAGAAAAAACUAAACGCUCUCUAAAAGAUUCUGCCAAGAAAGGUGAAAAGGAAGCUUGUGUGAUUCUUGCUAAGGAGCUAGUCCAUUCUAAAAAAGCAAUUUGCAAACUGUAUGCUGCUAAAGCUCACUUAAAUUCAGUUCAAUUAAACAUGAAGCAACAACUAGCUAAGUUACGCAUGGCUGGUGCUUUGGAGAAAAGUGUUGAUGUGAUGAAAGCAAUGCAUUCUCUGAUUAAAAUUCCUGAAAUUAAUUCUACUAUGAUGGAGAUGUCUAAAGAAAUGAUGAAGGCAGGAAUUAUUGAAGAAAUGUUGGAAGAUACAUUUGAAGGGCUGGAAGAUGCUGAUGAACUUGAAGACGAAUCUCAGAAUGAAGUUGAUAAAAUUCUUUAUGAAUUAACUGCAGGAGAACUUGGCAAAAUGCCUUCCGCUGUCAAAGAUUCUUUGCCGUCAACUGAUGUCGCUGGUGCCACAGCAGCUACAGCAUCAAUUGCGCUGGAGGAAGAAGAAGAUGAUGAAGAGGAAGACGAGAUGCGAGCUCGGUUAGAAGCUCUGCGCAGCUAGGCAGACACUGCAAAUGCUCUUGUCCUCUACUGCGCAGUUGCGAGUGUGUCUAUGUGUUCAACAAGAACACAAAGUUGAAGAAAAGAAAAAGAAUAACAAAACAGUCAUGUGGUAUUUGAACCCACGUUCCUUGAUUUAUUGCCCAAGUGCAUUCACCUAUACUCUUUUCCUGCCUUUCUUUUACUCUGUUGUUCUUUCCAUCUUUUUCUUUUAACUUCCUUAUCUUUUUGUCUUUUUCAUUUCUCUUUCUCCUCAUCCUUUCUAACUCUUUCAAUCAUUUCCCAUUUUAUUUCAUCAAUAUUUAUGACUGUUGGGUUCUUUUCUUAUUGUCCACCAUUAUUUAUCUAACCAUCUUCAUUUUUUUUUUUUUUUGCAUACAAUAUACCUAAUCUAUCUGACAAACCUAAAAUUACAAUCACUGCUCUGGACUUCAUACAACAGCAACGGUACCACCAAGAAAAUAUUUGGUUAUGGUUAUAGCAGCGUGUGCAUGUGUAUAGAUGAAAUGAUAUUUUAUUAUCCAGCCUGACUUGCUUUGUUAUAUAAACUCUGAAACAGAUUCUACCUAGAGGUUACCUCAUCUACAUAUGAUAUACAUACAUAUCCAGUGACACAAACAUCUAUACACCUUGGUAGCUGUACAUAUAUUUUCUGUCACACACACAUUUAUCCAGUAUCUAUUGAAAAUGUUAAGUAUUGAACUGAAAAUUUAGAAUUUCUGAUUUAAAAUCAGCUGCAGUUGUUGUGUAUUAUUACUUUUUGUUUCCAGGAAGGAUACAUAGUUCUAUAUUACCUCAGUUAACAAGAAUUUAGGGAAAAUAUACCAAUUUUUUUAUAGAAAAAACAUCAGAGAUACGUUGGUUUGCUAUCCUGAGCAGAGCUGGCAAAAUUGGUAGCACACCGGGCAAAGUGCUUAACAGUAUUUCGUCUGCCGUUACGUUCAAAUUUCACCGAGGUCAGCUUUGCCUUUUAUCCUUUCGGGGUCGAUUAAAUAAGUACCAGUUACACACUGGGGUCGAUAUAAUCGACUUAAUCCGUUUGUCUGUCCUUGUUUGUCCUCUCUGUGUUUAGCCCCUUGUGGGUAGUAAAGAAAUAGGUUUGCUAACCUGGGUGUGGUUAUGUUAUUAUCAAGUCUUGCCUUUAUCAUUAUAUAGAGUGUGAGAACUUAACAGAAAGAAGAGUUAAACACUGUAGCUAUGGAUUUUUAUCUUUUGCAAAAAUGAUUGGCAUUUUAAUUAUUUUGUCUACUCUGUUUAGAAUUUAUUUCACACAACUAUUUGAUAUGAUGCAUUUUGUUUUAACUUUUGUAAAAAAAAGUAGCUAUAAUUGAGUGACUUGGCCUUAGCAUGUCACCAAUACAUGAUACACGCACUCUUAUGCACACACAUACAUAGCUCUUUAUUGGCACUUGACUGUUAAAACAGCAGCCAAAUCUUUCUAAAUUCACACACUAUUGUAAUAAAAUAAUGGAUACAUUGGAUAAUGUUUUUAUAGAAAAUUAUGUAUAUAAUAUAAAAAUGGGAAUGACCGAUCAUUCAAACUGCUUUUUAAAGUAAUACUCAUGUAGGGCUGCUCACUUAAUCGCUACUUUUCAUAUACACGAGCAGUCUCCAAUUGUAUUGCCUUUUACUUCCACACUCACUUUACCUUUAGACGUUGGAAUCCUUCCUUUAUCCCAUUAUCACCAAUGUCUCUCUCUCUCUCUCUAUCUAUCUAUCUAUCUAGAUACAAAAACAUAACUCCUACUGGGCUAUUCUUCUUGCAUUGAACAUAGCUGAAGUACAGGACACUAUAAUAAAUCAUCUACUAUAUCUUGGAACUUUCUCAGUUUAGCAAUCACUAGUAUAUCUUCCAGAACCAGAACCUUUGGAGACCUAUUCCCUAGUAUUACAUAGUGUGCAUGUCUCUUUGUUUAGGCCUUGUGCUAAGCACCUUUCCAUAUUUAUGGAAACUUUUUCCAUUCAUAUACAUAACAAAUCAACACAAAAUAUAUUAAUAGACACACAUCUAUUUUCUUACUGUUUUGCAUUCAUUUUUCUUUGUUAUCAUUUGUAGGAAUAUUUCUCAGAAUGUUUAUAUUUACAUUUGAAUCAUUGGAGUAUGUGCCUUCACAGCUGAAUGUUUGGUUUUCUCCUACAAGCAAGUGACCUCUAAUAUUUGGCUAUGUGAGAUUGAGGUGAGACAGAACAAUGUCUUGCUUGUCAGAGAUACAGUAUAGUAGCUGUACCAAGCUUUGAACUCAUAACCUAUUUUAACUUUGUGUGUGUGGUUAUUGGGUGGAUGUGUGUUUACAUCUAUAUAUAAAGCAUUGAAAGUAGGGUAUUCUGGUUUACUUUUACUGCAUAUAGUCCAAGCAAUAAAAUCUGUCAGACCUUUUAAUUG